GGGCAGUAGUCAACAGUCACUCAACAGACACUGACAGCUCUCUGUUGCUCCAAUGGUGAUUUAAUUUUAAAAACAAACAUAACCAAGCAAUUGGUCAAUCAUCAAAUUCAUCAAUCAAUCAUUUGUAUUUCGGUUGUCCUUGAUUGCUCCAUCAUCACCAUCAUCAGCCACAUAUCACCAGCCUUUUAAAGAUUAACGUAAAUUAACGUGUCAUGAUAAAGAAUAUUAUCUGAUAAAUAGACAAAAUUUAUUCACAAUGACAACUCGUGAAUAUUUGUGAUUAAAUUGACAUAAAAAAUAAUAAAUAAACAAACAAGAAAUGUUUGAUUUAUCAUUAACAUUAAGUUAUAUUAAUAAACAAAUAAUUGAUAUUGAAAAAUGGUGGUGGUGGUAUUUUCGAGAAGUAUCAAUUCAAAUUGUAUUUGGAUUAAUAUCAUAUAUAUUUGUUUGUAUAUUUGUUUAUUUAUUAUUGAAAAAAGUAAAUCAUGAAGCAUGGCAACUUCCAGGACCACCAUCAAGAUUAUUACUUGUCACAGCACAUCCAGAUGAUGAAGUCAUGUUUUUUGGACCAAUGAUUUAUUGGCUAAAUAAACAAAAUAAAACAAAUAUUUAUUUACUUUGUUUUAGUCAAGGUGGAGAUAAAAAAAGAAUACAAGAAUUAUGGGAUUGUGCUAAAAUCAUGGGUAUACCUCAUGCAAAUGUUACAAUAAUCAUGAGUACAGAACUACCUGAUGAUCCAACAGUACAAUGGCCAAGUGAUAUUGUUGCUGAGAAUAUUUUACAAUACAUUGAGCUGUAUAAAAUGGAUGCUGUUGUUACAUUUGAUAAAUAUGGUGUCAGUGGACACAGAAAUCAUAUUUCGUUAUAUUAUGCUGUUGCUUCACUUUGUUUAGAUAAAAAAAUUCCUUCUUAUUGUAAACUGUAUAUUCUUGAGUCUGUUAAUUUAUUGAGAAAAUAUGUUCAAAUUUUGGAUCUUCCAUUCAGUUUAUUAAUGUCUUCUUACUGGUAUUUGGUGACUUAUGAACAACGUAAAAUAAUUCACACUGCAAUGGCUGCACAUAAAUCACAAUACGUUUGGUUUAGAAGAUUAUUCAUGUUAUUUUCAAGAUAUACAUUAAUAAAUACACUUCAAGAAGUUAAUGCAAUAGAUCUUGAGCUAGAUUUUCAACUUGAUGAUCAUUAAAUGAAAAAUAAUUUAAAAAAUUGUACAAAUUUAUAAAUACUAUUCCAAAGUGUAUAUAAAGUUUUAAAAAAAAAAAUUAUUUACGAUUAAUAAAUAUAGAUUUAAUUGUCUAUUUAUUUAUUUAUUUUAUAUAUUUGUUGUUUAAAUUUAAUUACAAUUUUGCCAUGAUAGUAAGACACUUUUAAGGCACUUUUAGCAUAAAUAAUAAUCUCAUUGUUAAAUGUUGAGUAAAUAAUUUGUUAAAUACAUUUUUUUUUAUUCUCAAAAA